CAGAGUCACGCGGUGGGCGGAGCUUGUAGCUGAAUAUAAAUUUGACCCAUCUUUUACUUUCACUUUAUUGUGAAGUCAUCAGACCAGUCUGUGGUCUGUGGCAGAUAAAGGAGGAUCAACAUGAACUUCGCACUCGCUUUUGGUGUUUUUGUAGCUCUUUGCUGCUCGGUGGACGCGAUCAAGUCUCCACAGGUUCAGGUCUACAGCCGUGACCCUGGAGAGUUUGGAAAUGACAACGUUCUGAUUUGCCAUGUGAGCAACUUCCACCCCCCUGAUAUCACCAUCGAGAUCCUGAAGGAUGAGGAGGUGAUUCCCGGGGCUGUGCAGACAGACCUGACCUUCAAACAGGACUGGCACUUCCAUCUUACCAAGAGUGUGGAGUUCAAGCCAUCAUCUGGAGAAAAGUACAAAUGCAGAGUCACCCAUGGGACUAAUCGCAAAGACUACAUUUGGGAACCAAACAUGUAACCAUGGAAACCCUCAUGUGACGUGUGAUGACUCAACAUCUUUCAUCGUGUCCCUUGUGAUUUUGCUCUCAUGUAAAGGUGACGGGCAAUGAUUUAAUGCAAUAGAGUUUUGAGUGAUUUUAUUCUACUGAUAUGUUUAAAAGCACCUUUCACUAGUACUGACAUGCUAGUGUAAAAUUUAAAAGAAAUCACUGUUAAUUUCUUCAUUCUGUUUUUGUUUGAACCUGUGUUUAUUUUUCUUUUCUGUGGGGGACUUCUGUAAGAAUUUGGAAGAUUGAACUUUUUCCAGAUUAGAGGAAAACUGUUUUCUGUGGUUCGAUUUCCGACCUAAUGUGGUUGUAACCACUUUCUAAUAAAUGUUACUUUUCUUCUGGAUUUGUCUCUUUAAAUACAAACGUACGAUCGAUGCGUUUUGACCUGAGAAUACAAUGUUUAGUGUAAAAUCUGAAUCCAGAUUGUGUUGUUUUACUUUUUGAUUUGUAAAACCUAUGAAACCUUUUUGUACUUGACAAUACAAGAAAAAGUGAU